GCAGUCGUUUUCAUCAUUCCUUGAGGUCGCUCUCUGCUCACUCCAGCGCUCCACUUCUCUUCUUGCAUCCCUUUUCUAUCCCUUCCAAUUCCUUUGAUCCCCUCCUUCCCAAUCCCUUCUCCACCCCGCCUCUUCGCUUUCCUUCAGCGGUUGCAGCGCUUGCUUUUGGCGAUUAAGGAAACAAAGCUCUUUCCUUUUUUUGUUUUUUUCCUUUUGUCCAGUUCUUCCUUUCUUCCACAGGCACCGCCUCUUUUGGCCCUCUUUUGCCCGGUUAUCUAAACGGCGAGGCGUCGUCGAGAGCCGCAAGCCCGAAAGGUGGGUCCUUGACGAGGGAGAGAGAUAAAGAUGGGAUUUUGAUGGAGGCGGCGCGGAGAGCGGCGUGGGAGAUGGCAUCUUCUUCGUCAUAUGGUGGCGAAAGCGAGAGAAACAAUGAGUCAGGGGAAGCGAGAGGAGGAGGAGGAGGAGGAAGUGGAGAAUGGAUUGGUGAAGGCGCUCUCUACGUGAAGGUGAUGACGGACGAGCAGUUGGAGGUCCUCCGCCGUCAGAUCGCCAUAUACGCUACCAUUUGCGAGCAGCUAGUCGAGAUGCACAAGGCCAUCACCGCUCACCAUGACUCCGUCGCCGGAAUGCGGCUUGGAAACCUCUAUGGUGAUCCCCUGAUGGCAUCCACUAGUCAGAAAAUCACUGCUCGGCAGCGAUGGACUCCAACGACUAUGCAGCUACGGCUUCUCGAGGCUAUGUUUAAUGAAGGCAAUGGGACUCCAAGCAAACAGAAGAUAAAGCAAAUAACAACUGAGCUAUCUCAACACGGUCAGAUCUCAGAAUCUAAUGUCUAUAAUUGGUUCCAGAAUAGGAGGGCACGGCUGAAGCGAAAGCAGAUGGUUGCUUUAGUAAGUAAUACUGAAUCUGAAGUUGAGGCAGAUGAGGAAUCCCCAGAUGAAAAGAAACCGAGACCCAACAGCUACCACCAAGAAUGCAUGCUUGUCGGCAUCAGUAACUAUAUGCAACUGGACGCAGAAGGUCAUUUUCUGGCAUCUCCACUGAAUCAAACACAAGGUGCAUAUCGUUCAAAUGACAGUUCAAAGUCUUCGGGCAGCUAUGAACAAAUGUCCUACGGAAACAUACUAUCAACCCCAACUGAUGGCCCUUGAUGAAUUGGCACAACAAAUGCCUUCUAAUGUGGUUGGAAUGGUUUUAUCAUGAAGGAGGCUGCUCAAUCAUCCCACAAGUUAAAAAAAGAGAGAGAAGAAUGUUAUAUUGUACUGAUUUCAAAUAUAUUAAGUAAUAUUAUAAGUUUUACAAGUCCACAUAAUUGGUUACGUUUUGGAUUUAUAAUUCAGAUUAUCUUCAUUUGACACUA